CCCCCCAAAAAAACCUCUUAAUCUUGGAGGAUGCAUUAGUUAGACCUCCUGUCUGUGUUAAUUUUAAUACCAGAUGAAAUACACCCAUAUUUAGCCCGGCGGAGUUUCACAUAGACCCUGCACGCAAUUUGCAAGGAGCGCAAGUUUACAAUCUGUGUACAGAAACACAUUAGCAGGCCGCGUUUGAUAACCUUCUAAAGACAGGAUCGGCUGUUUGCCAAAGUGUCAGGCAGUGUUUGCUCAAGCGCUGGGUGCGAUUUACACACGAUUCCUGCAAGAUCCCCCAGUCUGGAUUACCUGCCUGUCAGCGACUCUCGCCUCCCGGAUGGUUUCAAACCGGUCGGCACGGUAACGGUGUGUAGGAAUUGCGACAGUGAGUUCCUCUGGAUAAAUACAGAUCAGGACUUCAGAAGUACGCUUCAAAACUCAAGCAGCACUUCAAUUUUGAACUUUUUUUUUCAACUGGCUGAAUCAGGUCGACUAUCGCCGCUUCAAGAACUCAACUUCGAGGCGCGGUGAGACUGAGAGAUGCAGCGGGGGCAGCGCGCAGAGCUGGCGGAGAGGAGGAACAAGCACGCGGAGCAGAGGCUGAGCCGCAGCCUGAGCUCCCUGGAGCAGCGCUGCGGGAGACGCCUCGCCUUGCUGCAGGAGGAGAGGAGGCAGCUGAGGCAGGAGCUGCUGCAGAUACGUACGGAAAAGACCCCCUCUUUGGAGAAUCUAGCUGUGGAAUUCCGUCCCGACUUUCCCAAACCUCACCUCUUCCGAAAACGCCUCUCGCUCCCGUCCCUGCAGGUGGCUCCCCUGGUGAGCUCCAGAGCAGACUUGCUGGCCAGGAGGCGCUCCUUGAUUACCGUCCCAGAGGACUUCCAGAAGAGAAUCAACAGCUUCCUGUCCGACCUGGACCUCCUAAAGGGGGGCGUGUCCGAGGAGUGCGUUGCCGUGGCUACGGAGGAGGGGGCUGGGCAGGAGCAGGCGGGAGAGGAAAGGAGAGGGAGGCAGAGGAAGGAUUGGGCAGCCGUGCCCCUGGAGGAGGCCCUGAGAGAGGUGCGAUACUGCAGAUACCUCCGUCACGGCGAGAGACCGGACUGGGAGCGAGAGCUGCGGCUGGAGGAGAUCUUCUGUAAGGAGGAGGGGAGGUCGGAGCCGGCUGGGGAGGAGUCGCCCGGUCUUCAACGUGACUAACGUGUCAAACUGAGUCUCCGACAGGCGUUCCGGAAUAUAUGACAUCUCCCUGUUUGUCAUGAUGGGCUAGACAGCGAAACUAAGCUUGAAAAAGGGCUUUAUUAUCUGUAUUCUGUACGUUUUUGUUUUAGAUAUUUUAUAAAUUCUAUCAUCCAUAACUGUAGCACUGAAUUGAGACAUGCUAUACAUUCUAAGGCAAACAAGUCUUUUUCAAUGUCUUUUAAAUGUUUGAAUGUGUUCAAUAAAUAUCCAGUUGUGUUAAUUUAAAUGUUUGUGAAAUGGUGGUUCAGCCAAGCAGUAAGUGUAACUCCAUGAAAAAAGACUUCUCGCCGUGAAGUUUGUAUGUACUGAUAAGGUGAAAAAAAAAACAAUCGAGAAAGCGCA